AUGGCAACAACCGCAACAGGUGACCAAACAAAAUUGAUUAAUACUGACACUUUUUCUACUAUAAAAGAUAAUUCAAAUAUAGUUAUUAAUGGAAAUUAUACUCCAGAUGUAUCAGAUUUUACCAAAUUUAUUACAUCAGGUAUAUUUGUAGAUAAAUCACUUUUUAUUAUGAAGUUUAUGAUUUAUGGUGAACAGGCCAAUCUGAUUACACAUCCUCGUCAAUUUGGUAAAUCCACAAAUCUUUCAAUGCUUUAUACCUUUCUUGCACCAACAUUUACUGAAGAAGAAAAAACACAAAGACUUAGUUUAUUUAAAGAUCUCAGAAUUUCUAAAUUCAAAUGGUUCAUUAAGUCAAACUUUGGCAAUUGGCCUGUUAUUCACAUUAGUUUUAAAGAUCUUAAUACCACCUGACCGAAUUUCUAUUGAGAAUACCAACAGAUUCAAAUUUACGUCCUUCGGCAGUGAAUAUAACGUUUUCAAUAAAUACAAAAGAACAAACAGUACGAUGCAUGUUUGGGACUUCGAUGCAUUGUCAAGUGCCAAC